AUGGGCAUUAGCUUGCUCCUCACAUUCUUUCGCCCAGGCAGUGGCAGAGUCACUAAUGCCAAAGUUGUCAAUGACUCAUGGGCAUUCGCGUCGGUUACAAGGCAUGAGUUCUCCGGCGCGAGUACUACUUUCUGCUUUCCUGGCUCUCCUGAGGACGUCUGGAGGUCUUCGAAGUUUCAUGAUAAAGUUGUGGUGGAGCUUCCCUUGACGCCGCCUCCGUCGCCGCAAUUGCCUUCGUCGCCUCCACGAUCGCCGUUCGCGCCCUCGGCUACCCCUCCCUACGCCCCGGUCCCUCCUCCCGCGCCCACGACCACCCCUUCCCCAGCUCCUCUUCACUGCAGGGUCUCCUCGGCCGCCCACGAUAUCAUCCCGAUGCGCCCUUCCUCUCCUCCCGCGGUUCUCGCGGCCAUUUUAACUCCGCCUCCUGCAGCUCCUCCGUCGCCCACGCCCUCCAACGCCCUUCCUCCCUCGCUGGCUUCAGGAGAGGUUCUUCCCUCCCGAAGGACGACUCUAGAGCUUCCUGCAACGCCGUCUUCAAAGCGCUGUUGCAUGUCUCCGGCGGACGCGGCCGCUGUCGUCAACCUGGUGGCGAUGUUGAUGUUGUUCGUGGCCAUUAUGAUAUUUCUCAAGAAAAUCUACGGCUGA